UAUAUCGAUAUAGAGCUAAAAAAGGGAAAGAUUCGUUUCUUUAAAAACCUUAUAAAAGUAUUUAUUAUUCUUAUUUUAAAAAAGGAUAGGAGUCUUUAUUUAUAUAUUAAUUAUAGGGGAUUAAAUCGAGUUAUUAUUAAAAACCGCUACCCUCUUUUAUUUAUAUUUAAAAUCCUAGAUUAA